CUCCCCCAAACCUCUCACUGAUCAGGGGUGAGCUGCGGUUAGGACCCCUGGGUUCCAGUCCGGCUCCAUCACACCCUAGCCGUGCACUGAAUCACGGUUGCUCAUUUGCCUCCUGGGUGAUCCGUGAUCCGGUGAUCCGGUGGUGAUCACGGUGGCCACCACGAGGAGGAAUGCUGGGAGGCUCCCAGGAGUUAAUCAUCCGGAUAACCAUCCUCUUGAAGACCUCCUCACCAUCCUGCCUCCCUCCCCCGACAUUGCCUGAUCUGCCACCCUGCGUCUUCCCAGCCCCUUGGUGCUGUUCCUGAGGAAUCUGAUCUACUGUGGACCCCUCCCCUUCUCCGUCUGCCCUCCCCCCACACUGUCCCCUUAGCAUGCGCCCCCUCUGUCCCUGCCGGUCCUGCUGCUGUCUGCUCCUGUUUCUCUCCCUGGGAGUCCAGGGGGCCCCAGAGGCGGCCCCUGAGCAAGUCCACCUGUCCUACCCAGAUGAGCCUGGCUCCAUGACUGUCACCUGGACCACGUGGGUCCCCACGCGCUCCGAAGUGCAGUUCGGACUGCAGUUGACGGGCCCCCUGCCGCUCCGGGCACAGGGCACCUUCAGCCCCUUUGUGGAUGGGGGCGUCCUGCGGAGGAAGUUCUACAUCCAUCGAGUCACGCUGCGGGGACUGCUGCCCGGGGUCCAGUACGUUUACCGCUGUGGCAGUUCUCGGGGCUGGAGCCGUCGGUUCCGCUUCAGAGCCCUGAAGAACGGUCCCCACUGGAGCCCCCGUCUGGCUGUGUUUGGGGACCUGGGGGCCGACAACCCGAAGGCCUUACCCCGGCUGCGCAGGGACACCCAGCAGGGCAUGUACGAUGCUGUUCUCCAUGUGGGAGACUUUGCCUAUAACAUGGAUCAGGACAACGCUCGUGUCGGGGACAAGUUCAUGCGGCUCAUCGAACCUGUGGCCGCCAGCCUGCCAUACAUGACGUGCCCUGGGAAUCACGAAGAACGCUACAACUUCUCUAACUACAAGGCCCGCUUCACCAUGCCAGGGAACACCGAAGGCCUGUGGUACAGCUGGGAUCUGGGCCCUGCACACAUCAUCUCCUUCUCCACCGAGGUAUACUUCUUCCUCCACUACGGCCGCCACCUGGUAGAGAGACAGUUCCACUGGCUGGAGAGCGACCUCCAGAAAGCCAAUAAGAAUCGGGCAGCGCGGCCAUGGAUCAUUACCAUGGGCCACCGGCCCAUGUACUGUUCCAAUGCUGACCUGGAUGACUGUACGUGGCAUGAAAGCAAGGUUCGCAAAGGCCUCCGUGGCAAGUUCUACGGCUUGGAGGAUCUUUUCUACAAAUACGGGGUCGACCUGCAGCUGUGGGCUCACGAGCACUCAUACGAACGGCUGUGGCCCAUUUACAACUACCAGGUAUUUAACGGCAGCCGAGAGACGCCGUACACCAACCCUCGAGGCCCUGUUCACAUCAUCACCGGGUCUGCUGGCUGUGAGGAGCGGCUCACCCCCUUCUCCCUCUUCCCGCGGCCCUGGAGCGCCGUGCGGGUGAAAGAGUACGGGUACACGCGGCUACACAUCCUCAACGGGACCCACGUCCACAUCCAGCAGGUGUCGGAUGACCAGGAUGGGAAGAUUGUGGAUGACGUCUGGGUGGUGAGACCCCUGCUUGGCCGGAUGAUGUACCUCUAGGUACAGGGGCAGCUCUCAUCAGGAACCCCAGGCCUCGCUGCCUUGGCUAGUAUGACCGGACACUGCCCAGGCCCAGGUGGAGAGUCAGGGCGGGCCUUGACUCCCAGCCCUCCUGAGGGCCCAUGUGGGGUGGCUGCAGCCCAGAGGCAGCCGGGGCGGCUCUCCCCUCCUGGAGAGGUGGGGGUACCCCUGGCUGUGAUGGGAGGGCAGGUAUGCAGGCACAGAGCAAAGCAGGGCAGGUGUGGGGCGGCACAGCCCUGCUCUCCUGCAUAGCACUGGCAGGGCGGGGCGCCCACGGGGCCUCGGGAAUAAAGAGGCUUAGAGCUGUG